AUGAGUUUCGCAAACAUGCUCAACAAGCUGUCCGGACAGCCGGAGAGCUACGAAAAGAAGGCUCUCUAUAAAUUCGGACGGACGCUGGGCGCCGGCACAUACGGAAUUGUUCGUGAGGCCGAUGCUACUGAUGGACAGAAGGUUGCGGUCAAGAUAAUUUUGAAGAAGAAUGUCCGUGGCAACGAAGGCAUGGUCCACGAUGAGCUUGAGAUGCUGCAAUCUCUCCAACACCCCCACAUUGUCUCGUUCGUCGACUGGUUCGAAUCUAAGGACAAAUUCUAUAUCGUUACACAGCUAGCCACCGGUGGCGAAUUGUUCGACCGGAUCUGCGAGUAUGGCAAGUUCACCGAGAAGGAUGCGUCGCAGACCAUUCGCCAGGUGCUUGAUGCCGUGAACUAUCUGCACAAGCGCAACAUCGUUCACCGAGACUUGAAACCCGAGAACCUUCUCUACCUCACCCGUGCUGUCGACUCUCAAUUGGUUUUGGCCGAUUUCGGUAUUGCGAAGAUGCUGCACAGCCCUUCUGAGGUACUGACCAGCAUGGCCGGCUCCUUUGGAUAUGCUGCCCCCGAGGUCAUGCUCAAGCAGGGCCACGGCAAGGCUGUCGAUAUGUGGUCGCUCGGUGUCAUCACCUAUACCCUCCUGUGUGGCUACUCCCCCUUCCGAUCCGAGACCUUGACCGAUCUCAUCGAAGAAUGCCGAACAGGCCACAUUAUCUUCCACGAGCGGUACUGGCGUGACGUGUCCCAGGAUGCCAAGGAUUUCAUUCUCUCUCUCCUCAAUACGGACCCCACCAAGCGAGUUUCCUCUGAGGAAGCCCUCAAGCAUGUCUGGCUGACUGGAGAGACAGCGAGCGACCGUGACUUGCUGCCUGAACUCCGCACCUACAUUGCGCGUGCCCGUCUCCGCCGUGGAAUCGAGAUCGUCAAGCUUGCCAACCGUAUCGAGUCACUCAAGAUGCACGAGGAAGAGGAUGGGGAGGAUAUUCCCAGCGCGGUGGACAUGGGCGACUCAGCCGAAAAUCCCAGUGCGGCGGAGCCAUCAAUGCCAAGCGGUGAUGCCAGUCCAGCCCCUGGCCACGCAAAGAAGAAGAGUCUGGCUAGCGCUACUCGCGGUGCUAUUUUCCGUGAAGUUGUCCUGGCUAAGGUCCGUGAGCAGAAGGAGACUGAGGAGCGCAAGAAGGUUGAACGUGAAGCUCGCGAGAAGGCCUCUUCUGCGUAA